AUGGCUUUCACUCUGGCCCAUAUUCAGAUCGGCUGGAUAUCUGCGUUAUCGAUCGAAGCCCUGUUGGCCGAAAUCAUGCUCGAUGAGCUGAUCGAGCAAACCAUUCCGCUUCCUCCCAAUGACAACAACAUUUACAGGUACGGACGUAUCAAAAUCAAUGGAAGCGACGCAUCGCAUAUCGUGGCUAUAGCACAGCUCCCCCUCUCGACCACUGGCAAAGCGUCCGCUGCUACAGUCGCCAACAACAUGCGCCGAACGUUCCCGAACUUGAAGUUCGGCAUUAUGGUCGGCAUCGCUGGUGGAAUUUGGACUGCUGAGGAGGAUCUUCGUCUUGGGGAUAUUGUUGUGGGUGUCCCUGACGACGGUGGCCCUGGCAUCAUACAGUAUGAUCUCGGCAAAUCUGUCCAAGACGGCGAACUCGUCAUGAAAGGAAAUAUGAACAAAGCUCCCGACGUACUCCGAUCUGCAGCUGGAGCGCUACAGAGAAAGCACAUGCGAAAGCCUGGAGACUACGUAUCUAGCCUCGAGAUUACUGAGGUCAAGCGGCAUGCUCCGCGUCCCAGUGUCGACAAUCUAUUCACCAAGACAUAUAUCCAUCGAGGUGGAGAGUCGUGUGAAGACUGCGACAAAGCCUACCUUCUCAUCCUUCCCCAACGAUCCGACCCGUCUCCCAAAGUUCACUAUGGUGCUAUAGCUUCUGGAGACCAAGUCGUUAAAGAUGCAGUCUUUGCGGACAAGAUACGCGCGAAACAUAAGAUCAUCUGUUUUGAGAUGGAAGCCGCUGGGCUCGACGCUUUUCCCUGCUUAGUUAUACGCGGUAUCUCUGACUAUGCGGACACCCACAAGAAUGACGACUGGCAUGCAUACGCUGCAGCAUCAGCAGCGGCCUAUGCUAAAGAGCUCUUGUCGGUUGUUCCUCUUACUGAUGUUGCAGAACUCCCUCACACCGGUUACUUCUGGGGCAUCUUCUGGAUUGACGCUGACAACAAGCAGAGUGUUGAACAAGGCUUUGCGGAGAUUGCCAAAAUGCAGACUCCACCACUCAUAGAUGCAACAAGCAAAGGUGUACUACGAUGGCUUGCGAACAUCAAAGGAUCAUGGCUCCUCAUUCUGGAUAACUGCGACGAUAGUAUGAUGGACUUUUCUGCGUAUAUGCCCUCUCGUGGUGGCAGUAUCAUUCUUACCACUCGCCUGGCUGAGUGCAAGAUUCUUGGAACCUGGGCAAAUCUCGAUGAUCUCGGUCGUGACGCUGCCAUGCAGCUACUCCUGCAGGCAUGCGGCUACGCUUCGGGUAACCAGGAAGCUUACGUACCUGCCGCGGAGGCAGUGGUGUCCAGCCUCGGGCAGCAUGCACUCGCCCUUGUCCAUGCUGGUGCUUACAUCAAGAAGGGACUCUGCACUUUGGAUGGAUAUGUUCUUUCUUUUCGCAAAGAACAGGCUCGGCUAAUGAAGUUCAAGCCUCAGCAGCAAGCUUCACGAUAUGGGAGUGUCUACGCAACGUUCGAGGUUUCUGCAGAGGCUCUGGCUUCGUCUGAGGACCAUGAUUGUGCACUCGCUCUGCAACUACUGGAUAUACUCGCAUUCUUGAAUCGUGAAGCAGUCGAAGAAGACAUCUUCAGCCGAGCUUGUGACCAAUGCCACAAACUGCAGAAAGCGUGGGAGAAGAAUGGCAUGCAAUGUCCCAGUUGUCCCUCUGUCUCGAGCAUGGAAUACGAUCGAGCUUACAUCAGGCUAAGAAAGCCGGGCGAAGCCAUGACACAUCUUGCGCAAGCGCGUUCUCAGCUCGAGAAGUUUCUUGCAAAUGAUACCCCUCCACCGUGGCUUGCCCCUGCAAUAGGUCUAAUCGCAGAUAUUCACUUCGCCCUUGGAGAGUUCAGUGUAGGUGCCACCUUGCUUGAAAAGCGAGUCAAUCUUCAGUCUUCAUAUCUUCGACUCGAUGACAACAGACGUCUCUCAUCUUUACGCAAGCUAGCACAAGUUUACACAAAACUCGAGGACAGCAGAAAGUUGAAGCAGGUGAUGGAUUUGCUAGAGGAAGUCAUGAAUGACGGUCAAAAGACCAUUCACACCGAUUUCAAGGACCCAAAACUUACGGAGAAAGUACUGGCUUACGCUCAGUGGAACCUCGCACAGGCGAGGAGAACAAGACAGUCAGUUGUUGGUAACAAAAAUCAGCAGAGCGGUCAACAGGAAGCAACACGCAAUCCUCCAGCCAGUACAGUCGCAAGAGCUCACACGAUGCCACCACAAAGAUGCUUUUCGCGCGCCGAAGUUACCGACUCGCACACAAAUCAAUCUUCAAGGCGAGCCAAGGAGUAUAAAGCUGUGCUCGGUGAUCGUACAAGACUCAGAAACUCGGUUGUGUCAAGCACUCCCAUACCGAAGACCAUUAAUCCAUCAACGGCUGGAGCGACAGGCGUCCCUGGAUACUUGCGAGAGACCGCGGCUAGUCGCCGAGCUCGAGAGACACGCACUCAAGCUAAAGCUGAGGCUUCAAGAUCAUCCGUAUCAGCUCCCACUAGUGAAUAUCGUCUUUCGAGAUCAAAGACAGCUUAA